CGUUUUCAAAUUAUCAGGAAACUUCAUGGGUGAAUGAUGACAAAGAAGUUUAAACAUAAAAUUUUGUUUCGUGGAACAGAAUUAAAACUAUGAAUUAAUAAUAAGAAGAAAACUUUUUCUUCGUUGGUCUAUGUGCUAUGGCCAAAGAACACCAAUAGAAGAUUUCAGACGGGAUAAACACUCAUAUGAAUAUCAAUGAGCAUUUUCAACCUGAACAGCACAUUGAGCCUAAAGAACAGACAUGACUUUUAAGGUGGCACUUAUUCAGAUGGCGGUAACGGCAGUUAAAUCAGAUAACCUUGAGCAUGCGGUCAAGCUUAUUAAUAAGGCUGCAACAAAUGGAGCACAACUAAUCAUAUUGCCGGAAUGUUUUAACUCUCCUUACGAUACGUCAUGUUUCCCAAAAUACGCCGAGUCUAUCCCAGGACAGACUACAGAUCUGUUAGCACAGACAGCCAAGGAUAACAAUGUCUACAUCAUUGGGGGUUCUAUACCAGAAUUCUAUAACGGAAAGGUAUAUAAUACAUGUCCAGUGUUUAGUCCAUCAGGGGAACUUCUUACUAAACACAGGAAAAUUCAUCUGGUUGACAUUGACGUUCCUGGGAAAAUUCGUUUUAGAGAAGCUGAUACCCUAAGUCCCGGAUGUGACUUUACUACAUUUGAUACUCCGUAUUGUAAAGUCGGAAUCGGAGUCUGUUAUGAUCUGCGAUUCCCAGAACUAGCACACAUUUACGGUGAAAUGGGUUGUAAAUUCCUGGUAUACCCAGGGGCGUUUAAUAUGACCACUGGCCCUUCACAUAUGGAGCCUUUACUGAGAGCCAGAGCUGUUGACAACGAAGUUUAUGUAGCGUUGGUGUCGGGGUCUCGCGAUGAAACAGCUUCAUACGUUGCAUGGGGACACAGUACAGUGGUCAGUCCUUGGGGAGACGUUAUAGCCACUACAGAACAUUUGGAAGCCAUUGUAUAUUGUGAUAUCGACCCAGACUUUGUCGACAAGGUUAGAACUCGACUGCCAAUUUUAUCACAGAAGAGGACAGAUAUGUACUCAUUGACAAAUGUUGUAACACGGACAUAAGAAUUUAACACAAGAGACUGGAUAUAUACUCAAAUGUUGUAAAAAAGGGAAAAUAUAUCAAUAUAACCAUUGGAGGAACAGAAUAUGUAGUUGAAUUUUCUAAAAAAUUAAAUAAGUAAAGUCUGAA